CGCACACACACACGGUCAUGCAGAGGGAGAAAGCAAAGGGGAGGGAGAGCGAAAGAGAGAGAGGCAGAGCGCCACACACAACGAGGGAACCCCAUCAGCUGGAAGUCGAGUAACAUUACAACUCUCAGCAGCCUGAAAAAAACUACUACAUAACACAGACGAGGGAUUCAUAUCUUCUUUGAGGAUUUAACCCGCGCCGGAUCACGGGAUUGCUGCUCUCUAACGUCAUCAUUUUUUCUUUUAUUCUACGGAGACUGUUCGCUGUUUUUAUUUUUUAUUUUUUGGAGGUGGGGGGGGGACCAAACUGGCGAGAGGCGAGCAUGGAGUAUUUCAUGGUACCAGCUCAGAAGGUGCCCUCUUUGCAACAUUUCAGGAAAACGGAGAAAGAAGUGAUUGGGGGUCUUUGUAGUCUGGCCAACAUUCCUCUGACCCCAGAAACAGCCCGGGACCAAGAGAGGCGAAUUCGCAGAGAGAUUGCCAACAGCAACGAGCGUCGGCGUAUGCAGAGCAUCAAUGCUGGAUUCCAGUCACUUAAAACACUCAUCCCACACAGCGAUGGAGAGAAGCUCAGUAAGGCUGCCAUCCUGCAACAGACAGCAGAGUACAUUUUUACUUUGGAGCAGGAGAAGACGCGGUUAUUGCAGCAGAACAGUCAGCUCAAGCGAAUCAUACAAGAGUUAAGUGGUUCCUCCCCCAAGAGGAGGCGUGCAGAGGAGAAAGAUGAAGGGAUUGGCUCACCAGACAUCCUGGAGGAGGAGAAGACUGAGGACUUGAGGAGGGAGAUGAUUGAGUUAAGGCAGCAGCUGGAGAAAGAGCGCUCAGUCAGGAUGAUCCUGGAAGAUCAGAUGCGUUCUCUGGAUGCUCAGUUGUACCCAGAGAAACUGAAGGCGAUCGCCCAGCAGCUCCAGGAGCAGCAGGCCCCAACACAGAGCCUUGUUCAUCUGCAGCAGCACAAGCAGCUGGAAAGGGACCUUACUCCAGCCCACAGCCCACAGGUGUUGGCCCCGGCUACCCCCCCCGCACCCACACACCAUGCCACGGUCAUCGUCCCUGCACCUGUCCAGCCUCCCCUGCCCCAUCAUGUCACCGUGGUAACCAUGGGCCCAACAUCAGUUAUCAAUACAGUGUCCACAUCUCGACAGAACCUGGACACCAUCGUUCAAGCAAUCCAGCAUAUCGAGGGCACCCAGGGGAAGGGUUGCGUCGGCGAGGACGAGCAGCGGAGGGCAGUCAUUGUCACCUCAGGUCGUGUCCUAUCCGACGCGGCGGGCUCAGACACCGCCUCAAACAGCGACGGGCCUGAUGACUGUUCACUGCCCUGAGUUCAUCUCGGAUGUCUCGCACGCCGUACACUUACAUACACGCACACACUUAAACACAUGAAAGGCCCAAACAGACCAGGGCUACAGGAGGCUACAAACCCACAGCACUCUUGUUCAGUGGACAUUAAUAGGGCUGGUAGACAGAUCGAAGCACUCUUUUUGUUGUUUUUCUUUUCAGUACACACUCUUACAUGUUGUACCGUGAUAGGCAGCCCGAAUAGGUUUACACUUAGACACUCAUACAUGCAGUCUCUUCUGCGUCUUUUCUCUGCUUAUAUCCAGCCCCCUGCUCUCUCACUCACUCAGUCACACACACACACACACACACACACACACACACACACACACACACACACACACACACACAAACUCAUGUUCAUUAAUCUCUAGAAAGGUUAUUAGAGCGACUACUUCACUGACUGAUCUAUAAAUGCUCUCAUACUGGAUACUAACUAGAAUUACGAAUGACUGCAAAACAUCACCAUAAAUCGCCCGAGACUGUUAUCUUUAUUUGGCCUGAAGCCACGUGACUGAUCCACGAAACAGGAGACAAAGUCAAUGAAGAGCCCAGCAGUGUGGCAUCAUCACCACCCAACACCAGAGCAUUUCCGUUUAAGAUGAAUAUCCUUUAAACCUCCUUCUCUGAGCUGUUUGGAGAAGCACUGUAAGCUAACAAGAGUGUCUCAAAGUUCCACCUUAAGACUUCUGGAUGAAAGAAUAUGUUAUUUUACUCUUGUGAAGUCUACCUUUUCAUGUUUCGUUUCUCUAAGGCUCCCUCAGCCAGCAAGUUAAAGUGAUUGUACUGGAAAAACACAAAAAAGCACCACAGCGACGGGAAUUUAAAAGCUGUUUUCAUGGCUGACUGGUGCUCACAGGAAAUGAAGCGAAGCUUGGGAGGAAAGAGUGCGCUUACUGAUUCACAACUCUAUUCUUGUUUUCUUUGUUUGUUGCCAUUUUUACUGGGCUGGGUUCCCAGUAAUCCCACAUAUGUAUUUGGCAUGUUCUUCUUUUCACUCAUGGCCUGACAAAAAACUAAAAAAAUCAGUGCUUUGACAAUUCUUUAUACCCCCCCCCUUGAAUAUAAAAGCACCUGGCUUGUUAAAUAAUAAUAAUCUGUGGACUCUCUUGAGUUGAUUUCCACUGGUGUGUGUGUGUGUGUGUGUGCGCGCGUGUGUCUGUGUCCCUUUUUAGCGUUUUGAAUCAGCAGGGCUUAGUGGUGUCCCAGACUCUGGCAGUCUGCAACAGCACCACUUUUGCCUUGAAAUGAUGGCACACAGCACUCACACACACAAAUACGACUGACGUACAAUCAUUUGUUUGCUCAAUCUUAAGGGCUGGUUUUAUUUAGCCCUUAACAGUGUAGUUUCUUGCCCAAAUGCUGGGACAUCUAUCAGAGCAGAGUAUACUUCAAAUAUAAGGAAAAUGCCCAGUGAAAUUGUUUGAAUGUGCCAUGGAGGUGACUGGGUCAACCACACAUGCUCUAUGCAUUUCCUUACAUAGAUCAAUUGACCUUUUGUGUGCUCUUUCUCUAGUGUACUAUGCUAUUUACAUGUUUCUGUUUAGAUCAUAUUUUAAAUGUGUUUUUUUUCCACCUGGACCUGUUGGUUGACACAGACAUUAAGACAUGUAGCUGAGAGAGGCAGCAGCUUGCCUUACUAAAAGCCCGUGGGUGCAGGGAGGCACUGUGAAGCCAGCCUUAACACAGCCCUGGGGUCUCAGAGACGUACCUGAACACUUGAUCUGGGCCGUUUGGUGGCCAGUGGAAUCCUUUCCAAACAGGCUUGUAAACACCCAGGGUGUGUUAGAAUAUAUAUUCCCAGUUAUUUUGUUUAUUUCACUUAUGUGUGAUUGUGUUUUUAUGUUAGCCUAAAAAAUGAACAGGUUGCUGGUAUACUAAUUACAUUCAAGUGCUCCUGAUACUUUUUUCAUUUUGAAGUAUUCAAAAUUUAUCUGAAUACUGACUUCUGGUUGGAUUUACAUGUAGAUUUGCAACCAUUUUGGCCCCUUCGUGUGCACUAUUAAAGCCAGAUGUGUGGGGGAAAAAAUUCCACAAUGAAAUGUUGACAUUCCAUAAAAUAUUACUCAUUUUUUUCACAUCAGGUUACUUUUCAAAAGUUAAACCUGGUAUAUUUAGGGAUUGCAGUUACAUUUAGGGUUUUUGACACAUCACUGCUAUUUUAUAAUUGCAUUUAGUGACAAGUCAUUAUUAGAAUCCCCUGCAUCAAUGCAUAGAUGGAGCUUUGAACUGCUGGACAGAUAAUGUGUUCAAUUGAACACACCUCAUCUAUCAUGAUUUAUGUCAUGGAAUUGCCCUUUAAAAAUAUUGAUGUCAGCAGGGCUGCACUGAAAUAAGUGAUGCGUCUAUCAAAUUAAAUCAUGGGGCAUUUUCCCAAUACUUAGAAAGGGGAUUCCUGGAUAUUGAAAAUGUGGUUUGCAAGCUCUGCUUUUUGUAGAGCCCUUGCUUUUUCUUCUGAGUAUCUGCAUUUGUUAGUUUUCUGCUGAAUCCCAGAACUGUUUUAUUGCCAUCUGUGUUUUACAGUCUGUUCUGUGUGUUAGGAAACGUUACGUGGACAUAUCAGAUUGUUAGAUGAGUGGGGUGGGCCUGGGGAUCAUUAAAUGGUGUCAAGAUUACAAAGCACUUACUGUACUAUACUGGAGUCCACCUCUUUCUUUUGUAUAAAGCUGUGUAUCCCCCUUUUCCUCCAUGUCCAGCCCUCCUACAUCUUGUCCUGUUUGCCCCUCACAUCUUUUGUGUUUUUGCAAAAUCUUUUAAGCUGUCUUUGUUUAUCUACUGUCAUUAUCUCUUGUCUCCCUUCACAUUUCGCAGCUCCUUCCUCCCUUCGCAGCUCCCUCCUCUUCCUUUCGUCUGUUCUCUGUAACUUGUUUUGUUAGACCUGUCGGUGCAUACGGUCAUCAAGAAGCUAUUUUCUUUUGUUGUUUUUUUUAAAAAGAGGAAUGUUUUGGGGAUAAAGAGGCUUGUGCCUUUGUAAAGACAGAAUAAUAAAGUUUGUACUUUGUUUUUUAAGCA